UCUGUAUGAAAUAUUCUUCGCUCCUUGCCUCCCACAUCGUAGAAAGAAAGAUGCCUCAACCAUAUCAUAUGUUUUGCCUUCAUAGAUAUCCUAUUUUUAUUGAUUUAUCACUUAAAUGAAGCUUGUAAAGCACAUAAAGCACAAAAGCUAGUUAGAUAAGGGCUAUACAUUCCUCCUGGUUUAUUGUUUUAGCAUUCUAUGCUAGGUCCGGAUAUCCACCAAGCCCGAAGGUCAAGGUGCUAGAGGUUUGGCAUGGCACCAUGCUAAUUGUUUCAUGGAAUUGUCUCCAACUACUCAAGUGGAGAAAUUGUCAGGAUGGGAUAGCCUUUCAGCUUCUGAUCAGUUGGCUGUUCGUGCCCUGGUUAAGAAGGUUCCCUCUUCCAGUAAAGGCACAAAAGUUGAACUACAAGAGGAGGACAAAGAGUCCUUACAGCAAUCAACAUUGAAAGGUGGUGCUAAACGUAAAAGAGCUGUGAGCGGUGAUCAAAAGUCAAAACUUUCUAGAAGUGAAGAGAAUUCCAACUUGCUGGGGAAUGAACACCCCAAAUCAUCUGAUUUGGAGAGUCUGCUGGAGGCUCAGACUAAAGAACUAUGGGCUCUAAAAGACGAUCUUAAAAAGAAAGUGACAACAGCAGAGUUGCGAGAGAUGCUUGAAGCCAACAGCCAAGACUCAACAGGAUCAGAACUUGACUUGAGAGACCGAUGGUAAGGUCUCCCAGAUGCA